AUGGGCUGCAGUUAUUCUUGCAAAAGAUCAUCAAUAUCUGAACAGAAGAGCAUUAGGGUUGUGCAUUUUAAUGGUUUUGUUGAGGAUUUAGAGUAUCCUGUUACAGUUAGUGAAGUAACUGGCAAGCCCACAAAGCAGUUCUUGUUCACUCAUGCUCAGAUACUGUCUGGCUCGGUCCCUCUCAAGCCAGAAACUAUUCUCGAACCUGGCAGGAUCUAUUUCAUGCUACCAUAUUCACUGUUACAGUCCAAUGUUUCGCCGGUCGAGUUGGCCCCAAUAGCGAGGAAGCUAGCAGCCCUGGCGCAAAAGUGCCCGCCGUCCAAAACUGGUUCAGGCGGGCAAAGUUUUUCGUCCAGCCGACAAGGUGCAAGCCCGGUAUGGAGUUCUCCGGCUAGUAGUCCUAACCGGUUUUCAAGCCCGAGGGCCGGAGUUGAACUGGAGAAUGAUCAGGCGUCGUAUGCUAUGCAGAAGUCACCAGCUAGAUCAUGGAAGCCUAUUUUAGCUACCAUUAGAGAAAUAUCAUUUAACAGGAGAAGUGAAUCAGAUUUACAAGAAAACUAA